CCUCCUCCUCCUCCUCCUCCUUCUCCUCCUCCUCGGGCCCUGCUGCUGGCGCUCGAGGUCGAACCUUGGGGAUGGAUUCGGGCGCCGCGAGCUCUUCGCGCCCGCCGGCCGAUUAUAAGUUUGGUGGGCUUCUCGCCGAGGGCCCGCGUUCACUCCGCUCGGGAGCCCUCGAGCGAAGUGAACCCCACCCUCCCCCGCAGAAAUCGUGGGGGGUAGGGGUAGGGUUCGCAGGUGGCCCCCCAUCGAAGGCUGAGCGGUCCACUCGGUAUCGGGGGCCAACGCGCGGAUCGUCACGGCACACACUUGCCGUACCGUUGUCGUGUAGGGCGUGUCUCUUCUUCGGCGCCCUGCGGCACGCCAUCUCGCAGGACGCGGCGGCCAAGGACGCGGCGGAGAAGGCGGCCUUCUCGCGCCCGAAGCUCCCGCCGGAGGACAGGUCGCGCGUGAUAUUCCUGGACGUCGACGGGGUGCUGCUGCCGUCCGGCAGCGUCGACACCAUCGUCGUGGACGGCGUGGCGCUGCCCACGCGCGACCACGUGCGCGAGAGCGACUUCGCGAUCUCGGCGCUCGGAAACCUGCGCUCCAUCGUGCAGCAGACGGGGGCCAGCAUCGUGCUCUCGUCCGAGUGGAGGACGCGCUGUGGCCCAUGCCCGCUGCCGCCGUCAGACUGUGCUGAAGAGCCAAGACAUCCCGCCUUUCCGCGGGGCGACGCCGAUCUUCAAGCCGCGGGGGGAGAUUCAGGCAAAGAGUCCGAUCUAUGCCUGGUGCGAACGAAGAGCACGAGAGAUCGGAGCUUGGCUGAAAGACAACCAGGUGCGGACACGGCGACUCGCACCACGGUGCAGUCACGAUGCCGUUCGACGAUUCGACCGAUCCGACAGCAUGCCGACGCGUAUGAUUACAUUCUCGCGGUGAGUUCGACCAGGUCUGUUCGUCGCGAUAUGGGUGACUGGGUUCAGCCAAUUAUGUACUGUCGGUGGACGAAUUGCUGCCGUGCCGACGGACGGAGCUGUACGACUGAGCUCGGUUGCGCGAUUCACACAGCUUAUGUCAGUGUCGUCUAACCCAUCCCCAUCCCCACUAGGCCAUAGUAUCGCGACCCCGCCAUCACCCAAGUUGGGGACAGGCCCCUGGGCACCCGAAGGGACCGGCCUUGGUCCCCCUCUGGGGGUGGGCUACUUGGCCAUCGGGACCCAUCCCACGCCGCCGGGGAUCGGGAUCUGUCCAACGAUGCUCAGUACGCGUCUGCGACUCCGAUUCGCUCGCCCGCAUCGCUUCGAUUCGCUCGCCCGCAUCGCUCGACUCGCGCUCGAGCCCCCUCUUCCGCGGACGAUGUGUGCACACCGCACCUCGUCGGCCUCUCCCGGGGCGCAGUCGAUCCUCGGCCCAGGAGCGGCACGGCGCACAGCCUCGUCGGCCCGCAGGGCCGAACGGUUGUUCACCAUGCCGCGUGGGAGCGGGGCCCGAAGGGAGCUCCAACGCGGGACGCUGCACGGUGGUCGUUUUCUUGUUCAUUGUUCUGCCGAUCGGCGCGGGCCCUCGCACCCCCUUCACCCCCCCCUCCCAUGGGAGUGGAUCUUGGCUGUGUUUGGCGCCCGUUUCGAGCAGGUGGAGUCUCCCCCAUGGGGCGCACUGCCGCAAACAGUCGUACUAUGCGGAGGUCCGGAG